AUACUGAUGUGUGAACACUCCUCAAAGGAUUCUGUGGCUGUCGAAUGUGGGACUCAUUUAUCUGUACUUAGAGUUCAGGUAGAUGUGGAGAAAGAUCUCAACACCAUAGCUCUUCCCACAGCAACCUCAGCAACAGAGAGAAGGGCAGCUGGCAUGACCAAAGACAAAGAAACUGCACUAUCAGAAUCACAGACAAUACAAUAUACUGGCUGAAAAGCAAGGACAUUGUAAGUUGCCUCAUCAGUUACGGAUUCAAGACUUGGAGAAUACGAUGAAGUGGGCUGGACGUCUUCUGUUCUGCACCUUUUUUCUCCACCCACUAAGUGUUUGGGCCACUAAUCCUGGAUUCAAAACAAAAAUCACCACCAAAGGAAUUGACUAUGGUUGUAAAAUGAUGAUGUCUGUUUUACGAAACAGAUUGAUUGAUGUGAGAAUUCCAGAUAUAUCAGGCGAUAAACAGAGCAAAGUUUUACAAGAACUUCAGUAUAACAUAAGCAGCAUUACAAUAAGUAAAGUGAACUUUCCAGACACAAGUGUGAACCUGGUCUCCAAUGUGGGACUGAAAGUUGCUUUUUCUCUUGGUUACAUUGAGAUGAGUGGUAACUGGUACAUCAAAUCAAAGAUUCUGAGGGCUCAUGGCAAAGUAAAGGCACAGAUCAACAGCAUUGCCACCUCCAUUUUCCUUAGGUUUGGCAAGGAUGAUGCAGGCAGGCCAACUAUGUUUAUAAUGGAUUGUUCAAGUUACAUUGCAAAACUCCAAGUACACGUUUUUGGAAAAUCUAGUUGGCUGUACAACCUGAUCAUCAGGUGGUUUGAACCCUCCAUCAGGAAAUACUUAAGUGGCAAGAUCUGUUUUGAAUUGAAGAAAAUUCUCAAUGAAAAGAUAUAUCCGUUUCUCCGGACAGUGCCAGUGACAAAAGAAGUUGGCAGAUAUAUCGGAAUUGAUUACUCUUUGACCAGUCCUCCAUUCGUGACAAACAAUUCACUUAAUCUACCCCUCAAGGGGGAAUUUUACAAUCUAUUACAUCGUACCGACAUUCCAUUUUCUGCUCCAGCGCUGAACAUUUUUUCAGGCCAUGAGCGUAUGCUUUACAUCGGAAUCUCCGAAUAUUUCUUUAAUUCUGCUGGUUAUGUUCUCAACUCAGUGGGAGGUAUAUCCAUUAACAUUACUGACGAUAUGCUUCCAGAUAAUUCACGCAUACGCUUUAAUACAGAAACCAUUGGAACACUGAUACCACAGAUGAAAAAAAUGUAUCCAGUCAUGAAGAUGAAACUGCAGCUUAUAGCGGAUUCUGCACCAUCUAUGGCUUUUCAGUCUGAUAAAAUCAUCCUCACAACAUCUGGAGAUGUCUAUGCCUUUGCUAUCUUGCCAAAUUCAACAUUAAUUCCUCUCUUCAAUGUUAAACUGAAGGCUCAAAUCACAACCCCAGUUGGUAUAAAAGAUGACAAGAUUACUGGGAAACUAACAUUGGAUAGAGUAGAAUUAUCUUUACAGAAAUCUAACAUUGGUCCAUUUCAGGUAAACUGUCUACAAUCUGGAAUUGAUUUCUUGAUUUCAAUUGUUAUUUUGCCUCGUAUUAAUACUGACCUUGCCAAAGGAUAUUCACUUCCUCUGAUGGACCAUAUCAAACUUUCUAACCUUAUUUUGCAGCCACAUAAGAACUUCCUUAUGUUUGCCACAGAUAUCACCUAUUAUUAAACAUCAACAAUUUUGUAUAAUGAUGCCGAACGGUCAUUAAUUGAAAUACCAUGGAGAAAUUAUUUAAAUCUUGCUUUACAAUCAUGUUUAUUGUAAGCACUUCUUCAUUAUCUUUCAUGAGCCACAAUUAAACACAUCAACAUUUUACUGCAAUUAUGAAGGAAAGAAGGUGGAUAAUAAAUGUGCCUGUGGUGUACUGCUAGCAUAUAUUUUUGGAAUAAGAAAUGAAUCAUGUUCCAUUUUUGAAAUGCAAAAUAAAAGAUAGA